CAGCCGCCUCUGCCGCCAUUUUUGUUGGGGGCGGCGCCCGGCGCGGCCAGGCCCUCCUCAGCUUCCUUACUCGGUGUCUCUCCACGUUCACUGGCUACGCUGAAAAAUGACUGAAAGGCAUCCGAGGCAGGGAGUGACCUUUCGCCACAGCCUUUUCCCCUUCAGUCCCCCGUUGUCCCUUUGGUGACGCGGACGGGGGCGAGAGGGCGUCGCGCCGGUGACGUCACAACUGCGUCGCCGCCAUCUUGACCGCGGAUGGCUGGGCGGCCGCUGGCGAGGAGCCGGGGCCCUGCGGCGGCCUGGAUGCCGGGGCUCGGCGGGCGAGGGCUCUGGCUGGGCCUGGCGGCGGCGGUGGCGGCAACGGCGGCGGCGGCGCGGUGGCUGGGCUGGUGGAGCGGCCGCGCCGGCCUUCGCCUUUUCGUUCCCGAGGAGCUGGCCCGCUACCGCGGCGGCGCCGGGGACCCGGGCCUUUACUUGGCGUUGCUCGGGCGCGUCUACGACGUGUCCCCCGGCCGGAGGCACUACGAGCCUGGGGCCCACUAUAGCGGCUUCGCAGGCCGAGACGCAUCCAGGGCGUUUGUGACAGGGGACCACUCUGCAGCAGGCCUGGUGGACGAUGUGUCCGACUUGUCAUUUUCAGAGCUGCUGACGCUUCAAAACUGGCUGUCGUUCUACGAGAAGAAUUACGAGUUCGUUGGAAGGGUGAUAGGAAGGUUCUACGGAGAGGAUGGCCUCCCGACCCCAGAACUGGCCCAGGUGGAAGCCGUGAUCACCCGGGGCGCGGAGGCAGGCCGGCGGGCGCUGGAGGAGAAGCGCAAGUUCCCGCCGUGCAACGCCGAGUGGAGCUCCAGCAGGGGCAGCCGGCUCUGGUGCUCCCCAGAGAGCGGAGGUGUGAGCAGAGACUGGACCGGUGUCCCCAGGAAGCUGUAUAAGCCAGGUGCCAAGGAGCCCCACUGUGUGUGCGUGAGAACCAGCGGACCCCCCAGCGACCAGGCUCAGGGCCUCCCUGUGCACACAAACCGUGGGGACUUGGAUCACCCGAACCUGGAGGAGUAUGCAGGCUGCCCCCCACUGGCCGUCUCCUGCUCCUUCCCACCGGGCUAAUCACAGACAGCCCUGCCUGCCGCACUCACUCGUGGCUCCCGACACGAAGCGGAGCGCCUGGAAGCAUCUGCCCACACUUCUGUGCCUGGGACCCGGCGUGGCGGCCCGCCCGCCCGUCCGUGCCACUUCUCCCCCAGACCCGCCUGCCGCCUUCGUCAGAGCCCUCAGAGGCCAACCAACCUCAAAACCAAUGGGACUGCCAGGCCAGGAAACAGGCUCUGGGCUCCAACAGCAUCCUUCCCCGCGGCCAGUGAGGGCGCUGGGGGCACUGCAGAAGAGGGGACACAUCUUCCCUUUGUGACUCAGACAGGCAGACAGGUCCAGAGAAGCCAUGUAAAUUAACACGUCAGCAUAACUCCCAGUGUUCCCCACUGGUUAAGCUUGUGACCCCUGACUCUUAACCACUUUUUGUAUGUCUGAGACCCCUGCCCGGAGCCACGGCCACAAGUAGUUGGUCUGAGCCCAGUCAGUACCACGAGACAGGACAAUAAAACCAGGGAGGCUGGUUCUGGAAGUGGACGGGCUUUUGCUCAUACGGAGGCAGUAAAUCCAGAGGCCUCUGAACAAAGCAACAAUUUGAAGGGAGGAUAUUCUCUUUUAAACGCUUAGGUGUGGGAGACGCCCGCACCUGCGUAAAAAGUGGUUUCCCAUCCCGGACGCCUUUCCCAGGGGGUUGUGCGUCCAGGGCGACCUGUAAUUCCUGGGCCGACCCGACGAGCUUCGUACCCCAGUCGAGCCGGUGGGGGAGGAGAUUCCCACCUUCAGGCGAGGCCACGGAGCCUGGUGCUGUCCCAGAUUCGUGUCUCUCCUCCCGGGUCUCCUGGUCCCCCCAGCUCUUCCCUAAACAUUUGCCGUCCUUCGUCAUUAACUCGCUAGCUCUCCAGACCCGCCCACUAGAAAGCGGAGGCUGCCUCCCCUCCCCUGGCAGUAGGGGGCACCUGGACACCCCACGACCACCCUCGCUGCCCCCUCCUGCCUCGGCUCUUCCCGAGCGUGCGGUAAACCCUGGCUUCCCUCCAGUCACAAAGGAAACACCACUCUGUAGCACUGAGCUACUUCCCGCCGCAGCCUUGAAAGCCGCCCCUGCUUCUCAGCCCCGCUCACCCCGCAUCAGUCGCCAGCUCGACAGCAGGGCAAAUUCUGCACUUGGCAAAUCCCACAGCCACAGCCUUCCCGGACCCGUCACACUUGAGGACCUCAGUGGAACCCUCCCUUAGUGCUUGCCUGAUUCCCUUUUCUCCCCCAAGAGCCCCUCUCGGCCCAUAGGCUCCCCAGAGCACUUCCGAGGCACCCAGACUCCACAUUUCCGUCAUUCAGUCUCCUCUCCUCCCUGGUGAUGUCCCCGUGGCCGUGCACACCCAGUCACAGCAAGUGAGGACCCCGGCAGCCAUCCAGGACGCCUUCCUCUGCUGCUCUGCUCCUCCCACCCAACCCCCAGGUCCCUGGUUUCCGCGCCCUCCGCGUUGCUGCGAGCAGUCCCCCUGGAUGACCAGGGUGGCCCCCACGUCCACUCCUUGGCCACUGGGACCCUCCGGCCGUGGCUCUCCUACCAUCACUUCGUGCACGGCUCCCUCCGGCCUCCUCCUAGCUGCAGGUGCCUGCGGGGCCUGCACCAGGCUGUCCUUCCUCCUGUGGUGAGCUUGUCCACCUCUGACCCCUCCACAGCUCUGCUAAGUCAGCACCUUUUGGGAGCCUGUGCUAACGUGGCCCGUGACAGCCGCCUUCUUCCUUGUUCAUGAGUUUCCUGUCCGCCUCCCUCCCUGGACAGAGACCGAAGUUACCCAGCUUCGUGUCCCACACCCACAGUAUCCAGCGCAUAGUAGGUGCACAGAGUUAGCCCUGAGUUUGCAGAUGAGGCAGCUCAGGCGCUCAGAGUCUAAUAAAGGCACAGAGCAGUGGAGCUGGGCCUGGAACUCCAGGUUCUUAUCCUGAGACCCACGCGGCCCUUGGGCUGCAUGCCUGCUGUCCUUGCUGGUGGGAACGGCCACUGAUCUGGCCCCCCGUGGUCAGCAGCUGUCUACGGGCACCUGUGUACCAUGGGGUGGGAUGGGGGCAAGCGAGGCUCCUGACCUCAGGGCUUAACGGUGUGGGGCAGGAGGCCCGCUAGAGCCCCAGAGGCCAUCCUCGGGAUGGGAAUGAGGCCCAGGGUGGGUGCCGGGUCCACAGGAGUUCAGACCCCUCCAAAACAAACUGAAAAUGGAAAGAAGCAAAACCAGGCCCCCCUACUGUCACCCCAGCCAAGUGUGGCCAGAGAGGGCCCUGGGUGCCCACUCUCUGCCUGCAGGCUGCUCACUCACUUCCUGCUCAAAAAGAAUUCACGUCCUCUUUGACACCAAGCGCGUACUUUACCGUGAACAGCCUCCUCGUGGCGGGGCCCCAGGCAAAUCUUCAAACGGCUCCGCUGAGAGAAGGCUGUCAGCUUGAUGGGCUGAAGGGCUCCGCCAUGAAGAAGCCAGUGGUCACUGGAGAAAUCCCCGUCCUUCCGCCUCCAGCAGAGGUGGCCCGGGCAGACCUAUGGCGGAGGGAGGCAGGUCCCUGGCGACGGAUGCCACACGCGGUGCGGCCCAGGCGGGUAAGAUGUGCUGGCAGUCGGAAAGGAUGCCGGGCAGGGGGCUUCUGUGGCCUCGAGAGAGUCCAGCGAAGGGGUACAGCGGCCACCGUCUGCUUUCCGCCAGCCUCAUGAGCGGGGCUGUGUUGACCAGGCUGGGCAGCUGCCCCCCCCAGAGCGGACAGCCUGGGGUCAGAGGGGCCACGCCAGACCAUCGCCCCAUCCCUCGCUCAGUUGUGGGACAGCUGUGACCAGAGAGACCCCACACACAGCCUGGGGCCGUGUCUGUUCAGAAAUGGGCGGUGGACAAACCGAACCCCUGCCUUGAGAGCCCUCCCACCACCAGAGCCCCUAGACUCACUCCUGCAGGAAAACCACACACAGCGCUCCCAUCAGCCCUCCCUGGAGGGGACUCUCAGCACGCACACCGCCAUCGGUGUCCUCGCAGGAGAGGAAGGGCCUACUCCCUGCCUCCGAUCACCUUCCUCGGGACCCGCGGGAGCCAGGAGGGGCCGUGGUCAGCACUCCCGUGUGACAGGCGCAGAAACUAAGGCACAGACGUUAGGAAACUGGCCCAAUACCGUCCGCUAAUCAGUAACAAAGCACAAAAACCCAGUGUGCUUCCCCAGCAACCGUGUUGGAGUGUGCCCGUGCCCAGUCCUUGUGUGUGCCCACGGGUUCUGGCUGGCGUGCCCCGCAAGGACAGCUGCUGGGGUUACUUGGGACUGUCCUGUGGCGGCACUCAGCGGUGCCUGUGCACCAGGGAGAGCAAGCUGGAAGACAGAGGAAGGGGGCUGCGGGUCCCAGAGCGUGCGAGGGCCAGGUCAGCUCCUGAGAGACCUCACCGGGGCCGGGUCCCGGGGAGGAGCCGGGCGGCUACGCCACAAUAGCUACUCUUGGACUGCUGUCGACAACAUGCUUCUGGAAAGUGUUGCUGGCGAGUCAAACUCUCCUAGAAGGUGAGCUGUUACAGAAAUAUGUUCACAUAUCAAGAGUUUGAAAAGGUUGCUUUUAAUGCUUAUUGGUACCUCCGCGUUAAAAAGUAACUACAAUCGUCUCAUUAAAGUUUCCACGUUAAAUGCACAACUUUACCUCGUUAUAAGGAAUUGUUACAGAAAAUGCCGAUACCGGUAUUCGAGACAUACAUUCCAUCACACGGGCUGCGGAUGGGAGUGUCGUGGUCCCACACACGGAGCCGUCCUCCCACACUGAGCGCCACCCUGAACGGCCUGGAAACUGAGGCGCACCUCCAGCCCAAACGUGCACCUCCAGCCUCCGCCCCUCCCUUGGUGUCACACGGGUGUCACGGGAACAGCCAGCCGCACGCACCUGCCCAAGGAGGACAAGUCACGGGGUCAAGCGGUUUAGACCCCCCCUCGCUACGGAAAGCCAACGUUGUCGCGACAGGCCGCACGUUAUUUACGCCACACAGAAGAGGCACCGUACAGGCGACGAGCUUCCAAAGACAGUCUCUCGGGCAUCUGACGGCCCCGGGUAAUUUAGCACGUGCUGAGCGCGUCUCGGCAAGCAAUCCGCUCUUCGCCGAACUGCUCCCACACGACGGGAACGUCUCCGCGGCCGGGGGCGCUUCAGAUUAGGGGGUCCCGUGCCCAGUCCUCCUGGGGCUCGUCCUGAGGGCAGCAAUCCCAGUCGUGGGAGAAGCUGUGCCAGGGGCUCCUUCGGUCCCCGUCGUGACAGCGUCACACUCACCUGCGUUGGCUCCUGUCACCUAGGGGCCCGGUGCGCCUCUCAGGCCUGAGCAUUUACGUCGUCGACAGUGUUCUUUGUCUCCCGUCGAGCGGCCCAGAUGGAGAUGACAGCCCCUCCCCUCCCUAGGCUCUCCCCCACUCCACGCCUCUGGACAAGGUCAGCGCAACUCCGUUCGGCGUAACAGGCAGGGGGCACGAGUGUGCGGUGGUCGUGAACGCACCGGCCCCCGGGCAGGGAGAGGAGUGGGCACGGCCAGAAGUGACUCGGGGCUGAGGUAGAGGGCGGGCGGUCACAGGGACCCCACUCCUGGAGAGGGUUCGGCAGGCGACCUGAGCGGUCUGGUCCAGCCUCGACCAGCCUGGGAACUGGGGUUGACAGAGUGCGGGCAGCAAACUGCAAACGGAACUCGUGUUCUAGUCCAUCAUCCUGUGAGACACCACUACAAAUCACAGAGAGCUAAAAAGUCCUAGGUGCAGGCACUUACGUUUGGUGGGGAACUCCCACGUUAGAGGAUCACAGCAAGUCAGUUCAGCCGCUGGCCUCGCGCACAGCACGUGGCUUGUACUGCACACGGAAGUAUUUAAAAAAGGGAAAGACGGCUACGAGUGCACAGUCCGGGAAGCCUGGCGAUGAGCAGGAAGCAGUUAGAGCUAAUUCACUGAUGCACAAAUGGUAUUUCAUGAGGUUUAUUCUUCCCACUCUACUGUUUACAGUUGGCAAUUUUCUGAAUGGGUAAAAUUGAGACUUUGCUGCUAGCACUUAAGCUAUGGGUGAAAUUGUCACGAAGAGCUAGGCAGUUCUGUAGCGUGUGAGGUCCCAGCCUGGGCAGUGACGAGGGCGUCCCACGGCCAGCCACCACGGGACGUGCCGCAUGCGGCCAGCGAGCACCCCGACACUGUGGGCAGGCCGCCCCCGUGUACCACGCGAGGACGCCCCUGAAGCCAGUGCAGGACUCCCCAAGCGUCCCCCCACGUCUCUGCUCAGCACCACAGCCGCCCCUGGACUCUGUGCAGGAACGGAAGCUUCACGUCGCACAUUUUCAGCACAACUUUAAGAUUUUAUGUGCAAUCGGAGGCGAGACUGUUACUGGGAAUGGGAACGGUAGGGCGGGGGCGAGACAACCGGCCACGCCCCGACUGACUCUCCACCGUGAACGUGGAAAGAGCAGGUGUAAACGUGCCGAGCACCUCGACUCGCAUCGGAAGCAUAACUAUCUUACUUUCCAACUAAGGAGUCAAGCCACCUGCCUGCGCCCCACUUCCUCGGGGCCCAGUCCAGGCACCCGCACGUGGAAACCGACCACAGGCCUCACGUGGGCAGGCGUCUGCCAAGAUCAGGUGCUUCUCCCUAAAGGUUCUGCAUGAAAUAUGUCACAGACUUUAGGGGACAGGAAAACUCUUGUAAUUAAUUUUUUCUUUUAAACAUUGUGCACAAGCUCCUAUUAACAUAGAAAGCAUAUAUAUUUCAUAAAUCACAGAAAUAUUAAAAAGUAGCACUCUGGUUUAUCAGCUCAUGUUACACACAUAUGUAGGCAAGAGAAUGUAUAAACCUACAGCAACAGAAGAGGACAUACCACUAUCCGAAGAAACAAACCAAAACAACCAGGCUGUUGCAGAAAAAUACUUAGUCCCUUUACACACAUAUCCAUUUUCAUUAAUGCAAAAACAAUGCAGUGGUUAUCAAAUGUCAGAAGAAACCGGUAUUACGAUUAAGACGGUCGAUCUCUGAGAAAAACUCGUGAACGCUUGUGUUGACCUCGGAGUUAGUUUUCUUAAAGCAGCGGUGGAAGUUUCUCUUUAAAUGUACGUUUUUGUUUGUGUUUUUUUCAAACCGGCCAAA